CCCUCUAUUCCUGCUUCAUUCCACUCUAAUGCCUCUUUGAAUGCUUCUCUCCGCUCCGCUGAUGGUGACGAUUCUGAAUCGACGCUUUCCACUUUUUCUAAAGGCAAAGGAAAAGCGCCCUUGAAGCUUACCUCGCGCAUCGGUACCAUGGUUAACAACCUUCUUGGUUCUAACCGUAGCCGAUCCCCUUCACCAACUGUAACACUGUCUACAACCAAACGAGCUGCUUCCCCGUCAUACUCUGACAAUAAUCGGGCUACCCCUAUCCGUAUCAUCAACCGUUACACUUCCGGUGCUCCUGGUUCUGCCACUGCUGUGACAGCUCCAAUGGAAGCCCUUCAAAGAGAAAAUGAAGACUUACGACGACAAAACGCGGAUCUUUUAUUUCGAAUCACUGAACUACAGCGAACCAACGAAAUACAGUUGAAAAAGAUGGAUAAUCAAGCUACGCAAAUGCUUGAUUUACAAUAUUCCAUUAAUAACCUAACGAAAGACCUAUCCGCCAUGAACCAUAACUACCAGCAACUUCUUUCACAGGCUAGUGAAAACCGAGGUACGCUAGCUUCUAAGCAUGCUCCACCUACAACACCUACAACAGCUCCCGCACGCCCCGACGCCAUGGAACUCUUCGAAAAUACAGCUGCUGCCGAACUUGUUGGUGAUAAAAACAACGCCCGCCGCAACCAGAAGAACCAGAAGGACCAGCACCAGCGAGAUAUGACCGAGCAGACUCCAAGCCCUGUACACCCCAGGCCUUGGAAUGCCAAGCAUAUCCCUCAAACCACCAUCACGUAUGCUUCCGUGACCAAAAAAACAGUUGCCCCUACUGGCCGACCCAAGCAAAGUUAUUCUGCUAUUGCCGAGAAGCUGGUUUCCAACAAACCCACCGCUAACGCAGAAGCUGCUAAGAGUGCGCUCGCUUUCUUCCACCAGAAACGAGUCCCUCAUAAAAGCAGCACCGAACAGCGUCUUGGCCUGCGACGUAUCUACGACAACGGCAUCCCUCGAACCAGCUAUAAGGAUCUCAAAUCCCGCCUCUUCGCGUAGCACUUCAUGUUAACAAAAAUUGUUAACAUAAGCUACAUCGCCCAGAACUGUGUGGAAUUUGUGAUCCAGGAUGACUACACCACGUCCUUUCUCGCUAAGUGUAAAACUUUCCGCUUCCAAGUGAUUGAAACAGAUCCUACUAAACCACUUGAUCCUAAUUUC